UAAUUAGUGGAAAAGAUUACUAAACAAGCGUUUCCCAUUACCUUCCCAAGGGCCCGAGAUUGCCUUUGUGCUUCUACGUGUUAUGUAGUCUAAUUUAACCCAAAAAGAACCCGUUUAUUGCGAAAAAAGUCUUCUUUUUUAUUGUAUUGAACUGCAGAGAGACUGUUAACGCUGGCUUAUUAGAGGAAUUUACCUCUUUUUUCGUUUAUUCAACUGACAGUUCUGACCAAAGCUUGCCGCCCAAAUGUCGCUGGGUUGAAUUUAGUCCAGAAAUUUAGUCCCGUCCUAACAUAUAGUGCAAUAGACCACAAAAUAGCACAUGUCAAAAUAGGUUUCCAACUUUGGCUUAAAUAAACACCCAUAUCCUUGUAUCAUCAAAUACCCUGGGGUCAGGGAUUUGCAUGAAAUUGACAUUGGCUUAAACGUUUACACUGAGUCUUGUCCGUCCUGCCAAAUUGAUUAGAUUAAUUUGUUCCGGGAAGAGUGUGAAUUCUAAGGGAGGUCCGCUACGAAGACACCGGCUACCUUUAGAGGGACAUUUGAGAAUUCUGUUUAAAAAUCCCUAGCGACAAGUUUAACAUCAUUAAAUUCUCCAAAUUUGCAUUUCUUGACUGAAAACAAAGUUGAAUUUGCCUUUUCCAACUAGUUAGGCCGUAGUGCUCAUCCAACUUGGGCGUGGGUAAGUAUUGCAAAUAGUUACCUCUUGAUUGCAUUUUGUGGCCCUUAUUUUAUCCGCCUUUUUCUCUGUUAUCCUCUCGACCGUAAAUUUAAAAUGUUAUCUCCCUAGGUGGGAUUCGAUAAGUUCACCUAAUCACUCUAAACUUUUCUCCGCUCUGUUUAUUUUGCACUUCAUUUUUCAUCGAUUGAAGAUUUUAUUUGCGAUACAUUCAACUUCUAUAUUUUGGUUGAAAUUUGCCCCAACAGGUUUUUUCAACGUGGUUGAUUUUUUUUGAUGAUGGCCAAACAUUUAUUUCCGUUUGUAGCCUGCUCCCUUGUUGUAUUUCUUGCCCCCUUGUUAUCAUGCGAGCCCUUGUCUGAGUCAUACGCUAAAACGAACUGUAGCGACCCGAUAGAUUCCGGUGACUGUAGCUACUCGAUUGUUCGGUUCGCUUAUGACCCAAAGUUAAACGAUUGCGUCACUUUCAACUACAAUGGUUGUGGUGGAAACUCCAACAACUUCCUCGCCUACAAGCACUGCGUGGACGCUUGUGCAUUUCCCGAAGAAAAGUUCCACGCGGAAAUCAUCGAUGACGUCACUCAAACUGGAGGACAUGGUGAAAUCGUGAAUAAUUAUGACAAUGAUGUCGUUUCUGGCAAGGAAACAAUCGAUGACAUCACUCAGGACGAAGAAGCUGAUGACGUCACUGGAAUUGAGAUGAAAACGGUUCAUUUUAUGAUGGCUGGAAACGUCAUCACGAGCACCAAGGCGUCCGCUAAUUUCCGUGACCUUGCAACUGCUACUUCUGGUUAUGAAGCAAGACCAAGAGACAUAGCAGUGAAUAAUAAAGCGACUUUUGAGUCGUCCUCUAAACAGCCGGAGGCCGAAACCGAAACAGUUGUACAAACUGAGAACCCCGCCGCAAAAACGGGAACCUUGUCUGAUUUAAGCGAAUCAACAGAGUUUGAGACUUCGUCGCUGACUUAUGAUGAAGAUUUGUUCUACAUACAACCACAGUAUAGUGGAAUUGCGGUUGAGAACACGUUGGACCCUAUAACAUUGGUUCCACCUUUGACUCUGGAUCGCAAAAUCUGCGAAAUUGAGUUAAAAGGAAACGAGCCGCCCGCAUUCAGAUUCGAGUUGAAUCAAUUUGAAAACGAACUGUUGAUUAUUCCUCUUCAACAACUGAAUUGCGAACAGCGCCAAACUUACCAAUUUGAGCUGACGUUCACAGACUGUUCGGCGAAAAAACGACGCUCGAAUCGGAGCACAUUUUUUGUAGUCGUAUAUGACGUGAACGAAUUCGUUCCUCAAUUCGAGGAGUCAAAAUACGAAUUUUCAAUUGAGUCUGGCGAAAGGUUUUCACAUAUUUUUGAAGCGACUGAUUCCGACUGCGAUCAAACUUAUUCUUCGAUUUGCGACUACGAACUGAUUUUAAACGACGACCAGAAAUCUGUUCCGUUCAGGUUUAGUUCUCUAGUGAAAGGAAAACUUCAGUCGACUAAAAAGUUGGACUACAAGGUCAAAGCUAACUACUCGUUUCAAAUGUCGGCGAAAGAUUGCGGAAACAAAGAAUCUAAGUUAAUACCAGUAACUGUAAGAGUCGAGCCGCCAUGUACAUUAGGCUGGCAGGGAAUCAAAAACGUCAAUUUAGACUCACAUCUUGCAUGUUUACUCCCCGAAGCUCACUUUGAAAGUUGCCGCUACAAUUGUACUUCUUUUUCGAUCGAAACCGAACUAGUUCCUGAUGAGUCGGGUUGUAUACUAGAGUCCGAUGAAACCCGACUCCAAAGGUGUCCAGGUCGAGGCGACAAUUUACUGGAAACGGGCCACGGACCAGAAGCGAAACAAAUCUACACUUUUUAUGGAACAAAUACAGCGCUGGAAAUUGUUCCAAUUGCAGAGAUGAUGCCGGAAAAGUUUGGAUUCGCUUCUUGGCUCCAACAUGAAUCGAGUGAUCAAAAUGAUCGAGACAAGGAAAGCGUAAUUUGCGAAACUGAUAAAUACGAUAAAAACCGCCACCACUUUCACCUGUACUUGCACAAUUGUAAUUUUGGUCUCACUUGGCAUAAAAAGGCUUUUAGCCGAGAUGAAAUGGUGAUCGAAACGAGAACGCAGUUUCAUUGGUCUACGAAGCAAUUUUGUGACGCAAACUGGCAUUACGUGGUUUUAAACGUCGACACGCAUAGUACGGUAGAGCUGUAUAUAGAUGGCGAGUUUCAAAACAUUUCAAGCUCUCGUUUCGGCGAACCAUUUAUCAAUAACAAUCAGUCGGUAUCUUGGGCGGUCGGCGCUUGCUGGCACGGACGAGAGUUAGAUUUUGUCCAACAUUACGAAGGAAAAAUGGCCUCGCUUAACUACAUUGCGGGCCAACACCAAGAUGAAACCCCCUGCGACCAAAAAUGCCUGGAGUACUUGGAUUAUCUGACCACACAUAACGGAGGUGUUCACGUUAUCAACGAAAGAAGAGGGGGGAAGUCGCGCCAAAAACUGUCCGGUCUAGAAAAUACAACUGCAUCUCAGUUCGAAAAAAUGACAAGAAAUGUUCAUUAUAUAAAUACGGCCAGUUAUGGCAACGACUUUUCACGUGUAAUCAAAGUAGACUCUACGGCCGUGUGCUUUAAAAGGGAUUCGAGGGAGGUCACUAAAUUUCACCAGUCGUUCAAUAUCAGCAUUGGCGUUGCUGAAGAUGAUAAUCUAAUUAUGCGCACAAAUUCCAACGCCUAUUCCUACAGCAACCUCACUUUGUACAGAGGAGUGCAGCUUUUCCCUGAGGUCAAAUUUCACAUGGGCCGUGACGCUAAAGAAAGAAGGAGGAUCGAGUCUUGUAGGAUGCUAAUCUACCCGCCCCUGGAGGGAAUUAAUAGGGAUGAGGGCUUGUCCCUGGCAGAAAUUGGUAAUCUAAUCAUGCUCAAAGGUCCUUCCGGGGGUGAAGAAAUCAUCAGGGGACCGGACUCGGUCGAAAUAUUUGAGCAAGCCCUGUCCCGGAUAAUUUACUACUCCAGUUUGGCAAACAAACACAGCCAGAGAAAUUUCGAUCUUACCUGCGAGGAUGAAAAUAAGCGCAAAAGCAACCUGGUUACAAUCAUUAUUCGCACCGAAAUUCAUACGGCAUUAACUGAUAAGGAAAAAUUCAAUAUACAUUCUACGAAAGACUUUGUUAGCGACACUUCCCAGGAUCGAUCCCCCGCAGGACCACAAAUUGAACCUUUUGAGAACACUAACCCGCACUUUGUCGCAGUUCCGAAACCUCUUCACGCACGUCGCACAAUGCGACCCGAAAGACUUGCUUCGGAUAACUAUGGAGUGGAAAGUUCUGCCGAGAUCCAAACAUUUGACAUUGUUGUCGUGGCAAUGCUAACGACUGCCGGAAUCGUGUUGAUUGUUUUCUUGCUGCUGUACAGCAUUUACAGAAGCAGAAUUAGAGACUCAAGAAUCAGACGACAGAGCUUCGAAAUGGAUUUGGACGAUUGUUCCGGCUGCUCGCAUACCGGAACCCGCACACACAUGUUCAUGAGUGACAGCUCGCCGGAUCUUCUCACGAUAACCGAGAAUCCGAUUCGGACAGUUCCGAAGCCGAGUAAUUCUGAGCACAUAGGGUUCCUGAUCAAUCACAAUUUCGUUAAGUCACACACUUUGCACGAGUUUCCUAGCAGUAACGAACCCCAAGAACCUAAAUUGGACGUCGACGGAGAUGAUAAAUUGUGAAAUGAUAAAUAGCUGAAAAGCAAAAGCAUCGAAUAAUGGCAAGAGAGAAGAAUUCUUCGAGAAAGUAAAAUGAGCUUUUCCAAUUCUUUAACUCCUUUAAAAAAUAGUUUCUUUGAUAACUUUAAUCGUGUUUGAAAUCAUGCUAGUUAUUCUAGUUAUAGUUACUGAUGUAAUGAUUAUAAACGAUUUACGAAUGGGGAUAAAAACAAAUUCUGAGCAGGAUGUUGUCUCACCGUGUAAAUGUUUUUUCUUCAAAUUUGUGCUGUUUUGUUUUGUGCGAGCAUUAAUUAGGUAGACGGACAAAAAUGAUCUUAGAAACAUUAAUCAUAGCGUCCAUUGACUAGAGUUAUCAAAAGUCAUAACAAAAACUAAUGCAUUUUUUUCAAUUUAUUUUUGAAAUUUUCGGUCUGCUAAAACGUUAACUUCUUGUUUGAACUGAAAAUUUAUCUUUAUAGCUUAAUAAAAUGCUUUGCUCUUAUUACUAUUUCUACUUGCUGGCUUUAGUCGCUGGAAAAAUUGGUCUACAAACUUUCACCGGUUUUUUUUCGACACU